AUGGACAUCAAAGACGACUACCGAACCUCUGUUGCACGGGCACGCAAGGAGGAGCGUGACAGUCGUGAGCGCUGUCGCCAGCUGCGCAACGAGUACCAAGAUGACCUCCUCAAGACGCGCAUCGCACAAUUCAGAGGUUGCUUUCUGAGUGAUGCUCGCUUUCACCUCACCCGCCGUUCCAUAGCAGAGGAGAGCUUGAUGCUCACGCUUCGAAACACUGCAGCAUGCUGGUCGAAGGUCUGCGAGAGGACCAUCACCCGCCAGCUCGAUAUUGAGUCUGCUAAGAAGCACAAAGUAUUGCGCGACGCGGCCUUUCUUGAGAGUAUUCAUCAGCGAGAGGUGGAGGCGCAGCGCAGCGUGGAGGCGAGCGAUCAGUCACGGUGGGAGGACUUGAAUUCGCGGUACACCGCUCAGCUGCUCGGCGACCGCAACGCAGCAGUGAGCACAACAUUGGAAGACGUGAUGAAACGCACUGCGGAGUGCUUGAGUGAAAUAGAGGCGAGCCACGUCGACAGCGCAGGCGCAAAGCUGCUGACGGCAUUUUUGGUAAAUGCGACGCUGUGGCGGCGGACCAGCGUCGACGACACCACUGCCGCAGUCGUGCGAGAGGCGUUUGAUCAAAUCUUCCACGGCAGCCCGUACGCCCAGUCUAGCCCAGCAUUUCUCGCCCUGUUAGAGUUCUGCUACAGGCAGCACCGAACCACUCCACCGCUGGCGCAGGUGCUGCGGCUGUGUUCGGUGCCCAUCUUGGUACUAGAUGGCCCCAAGUACAGCGGCAAGAGUAUCUUGGCCAGCUUUUUGAAGUCAAAAUAUCGCUUCCUGUGCAUCUCCGAUGAGACACUGGUGCAGCGCGCCCUGCAAGCCGCCUCUGAUGAGGCGGUGAAGGAAGAGGGAGAAGGCGCUGGUGACUGGGCCCCUCUCGGGCGCUGCCUGCGCCAAGUACUUUUGGGUGGUGGCACCGUGGACGUGCAAUUCAUGACGGAGAUGCUGUGCCUGCAGUUGACGGAGUUACGAAACGCACGUGAGGGUUUGUCGUAUGACGCCAUUCUGCUCGAGGGUGUCGUCCGCUCCGUUGAUGGGUACAAGGCACUGGCGCAGCGUCUCAGCAGCCAACCAGUACACCCGCAUCUCAAGGUUGCGCAGCGAUGGGGACUGUCAACGACUGCUGACGUCGACGAUGGUGCGACCAACGCGGAGGCAGCGGCUGAGAAUUUGCCCCCCCUUUUGUGCCUACCCGACCAUCUUUCUACGGAAUGCGAUACACCCGCAAAGCAGGAGCCCAAGGCGCGGCCCCUCAAGAAGGUCGACCUUGCCACCCUUCCUCCUGCAGUGCUGCCGGAGGUAGAGGACACACAGUCCGCCCAGGAAGCGGAGCGCACCUUUGUGGCGCAGGCUCAGCAGGAGCUAGCCUCUCUUCCUACGGUGAUCUCCGGGAUACUGCACAUUAGCUGUGCCCCGGAGGAGGUUUUCCACCGCUUCGCAGGACUGCGCACGGACUGCGAGACCGGAGACAGGUACCACCUCACGUACAAUCCGCCGCCCCAGGAGCGGCUUCCGUACAUGGUGCCGCUGGGUCGCCCGGAUGCGUCGUCGGUGGAGCUGCAUGAAGCUGUCUUUCACCACAUCGAGGGAUGGAGCGCCACACGCCGAUGGCUUGCGCAGCAGUCAGAGGGGUCUAUCUUUGCCCGUGUCUACGAGCUAGCGGGCGAUGGCCCAGCCAUCGAGGUGCAACAGGAGGCACUGGAGGCGGUGAAUCAAAUUAUCUCCAACUUUCGAAUUAGCCAGCAGCUUCUCGACGAGCGCGAUGCUUCCGCUGCCCGGCUGAGCGAGUUGGAGGCAACAUGGGCGUCUCAGAAGGUCGCCCGUGAGGCGGAACGGCUGCGGCUCAUCGAGCUCUACACCGAGAAAGGCGCCCCAAUCCCACCGGUCCUGCAGCCUACCGUGUUGAAGACAUCUAGCUCAUCGGCAACGAAGCUGAGCGCUGCUGCAGCAAGCGUUAUCCUCAAGGCGCUGGCAAAUUUCACGGAGCUCUACGAGGCUGACUACGCCGGCGCCUGGCGCAGGACGACACAGCUGGUGCUACUCUUUCUCCGCUACUACACGAGGGUAGAGUCCCAAAUGGGAUUAUACUGGGAGCGGCCGGAUGACAAGCAGGCCAUCCUGCAUCGCUUCCAGCGGAGCUUCGACUCGCUGCCAGCGUCUAUGCGAGUGCUACCAGCGUGCAAGGCUGAGCUACACCUUUCCCUGGACGCGCUGAAUGAAGUACUGCACAGGUGCAUCGCCUUGCGCGAUGUCGAGGCAAGGGGUCUGCUUGACACUUUGACCAGCACGACAAGCUUCAUGCGGAGCUGGCAGACACUUGUGUGCCAAGGGUUUACCCGCCUCUUACAGGCUGAGGUGGAUCGCUACGUCUUUGCGAUGCACAUAUUCUCCUUCUUCCUUGGCGCUGUCACAGGGGAACCUCUGAGGUUCGACGACGGCGAGGUGGACAUGCCGCUGCUGUCAAUGAACACCCCCGAUCGGCCCACGCAAUCAACCAGCGUUGCAGCGGAUGCUUCGCCGUCGUCUUCGUCGGGCGGAAAGCCAGCCAAGGAGAAGCGGACAGCAGUAGCGAAGAAGGGGCACAAAGCCGUGGAGGAGCAGAGUGAGAAGAUUGCGGAGGAUCAGCUCGCGGAGGUGGUUCAAGGCGUGCUGAAUGGCUUCUCGUCCAUCACGGAUAAACUGAAGGCUGCUGUGGAGGCUCAGGGAAAGGCGCCAAAGCGCGCCGGCGGUGGAGGCAGUGGCGGCAACAGCAGCACGAGCAACAGCCUUGCCGCACCCGCCGUCAUCCUGGCCAUCGCCACGGCCAAGUGCUACGGGUUUAUGGAGGCGGAAAGGGCUGCUGCCGCCUCCCGGGUGGCGGCGAUUCACUCUUGUGGGCGGAUGUUGCUUAAGGAGGCGGAAGCGCACGCGAGGAAGAUGCGCACGCGAAUGGAAGCAGGCCUUUUGAAAGUGAUGGAGCAGGAGGCCGCCGCCGCCAACACGGCCGUGUACAUUUUGCGUGGAUGUGUGGAGUCAGAGAAGAAGAGCCCCGCCAUGCAUCUGGGCUGCACCACAUUUGCUGUGCUUCAGGAGAGGCUGCCGCGUGCCUCACCCAGCGCCGGCAGCGCUUCGGCAGCGCUGGUCUGCGCGUCGAGAAUGCCAAUGAAGAUCAAUUCCACAUGUGAGGAGCGCUGCAGCUUCCUCACUGAUGUACCGCUUCUUGCGCAGCUGAGAGAGCCGCAGCUCACGCUGCACCCAGGGCUGACGGCGGCGCGACUGCUCGAGCUCGUCCAGCAGUUACGUUGCGUUGCGCCUGAUUACCAGCUGAGCCGAUUCGACUUUCUGCUUUUGGUGGAGGGCAGUGAUUACGCCGAAGCCGCGGCCGUCGGUCUGGAUGCCGCGCACAUGGUCAAAACCCGAGAGGAGCUGUUUAGCACCUUCGACCCGCAGUGCACCGGCUUUGUGGACUGGCGUGAUGUGGUUGUGCACCUACUCUUCUGGGUUAGACCGCCCACUGCGGCAACGACGCCAGCAGCCGCCACCGCGCAGAACGAGAUUCGCGAUAUUUCACUGCAGGAUCUACUGGACACGCGCGCCAACCUUGGGGUUUGCGGGCUCAGCAAGGAGCAGUUCUUCGACAUGUCGUUCUUCUUCGACCGCUACCUUGAUGACGCACUGGUGGAGGCCUACACGCACAUUUUGUGGUGCACGUUCCACGACGCCACCAACCACAUCCUUCAGCCAUACACACUGCUUGGCUUCUUGUGUGCCGAUCCGCAGCCGAUCCGUGGCGUCCAAAAGGCUUUUCGCAUCCUCUCCGCCCCCAACGCUGAGGGCCGCAUCUCCUUGGAGGAGAUGGACUCGCUGUGCCACCUCAAAGCGACAAGUGAGCGCCGGAUGGCCCAACUAGACCCGUGCUGCAGGAUGAACUUACGGCUUCUCUUCGGCACUGCAGCGACGUGCUCCUUUGAGGAUGUCUGCGCCUCGCCAAUUGGUCGCAAAAUGUUGAACCAUGCGGACCUCUUCCGCCGCCGGCAGUUCUUCAAGCGCAAGUAG